UGCGCCCCUGUACCGCCUCCUCAUGCUGCUGCCAGGCCCGUAAUCUGCCAUGGGCCCCCGUACCGACCGACUCCUCAUGCUGCUGCCAGGCCCGUAAUCUGCCAUGGGCCCCUGUACCGCCUCCUCAUGCUGCUGCCAGGUCCAGAGUGUGUCAUGGGUCCCUGUACGGCCUCCCAUUGCUGCUGUCUCUAUCGCCACACGCUCUGCCAUGUGCCACUUUCAGGUCUCCUCACACUGCUGGUGGUUUCCAUUUUAUGUCAUAGGGUGCUGUAUGGCCUCCCAAUGCUGCUGCCUCCACCGCCACACUGUGGCUCCACACUCUGGUUUUGGCCCCGUGACUGCCCAAAUGAGUGAAGUGUGCGGUGAUUCUAAGAUCGACGGCACUCAUCUGCAUGUCAUACUGCCUGACAGUAAUUAUUUCUCUUCCCCAGCAGACUCCAAGGGCAUUUAAAUUAAAGGUACAGUGUUCAGCACUAAUAUUA